CUAAAUUCAUGAUAAGGCGACCAUCAUCUCGCAUCGCAUUCAGACUGUCAACCUGCUAGAACAGCACAUCCUCUCGAUCGCUAUUUUCUCACCAUGUCUACUCCCGCCGAGAGCGGAGGAGCAGAUCCACCAGUCGCAACUGCUACCGACGUCGAUCAACCGACCACCGAAUCGUCGUCGCCACAAGACCAACUCGCAGAAUUGAUAGCCAAGGCCACUGCUGAAUACGCCGUCAAGCAUUAUUCGGAAGCAGCCGAAUUCUACUCUCAAGCAGCCGAACUACAAGAUGAAAUCAAUGGCGAAAUGGCCCUGGAAAAUGCCGAUCUAUUGUAUUCGUACGGCAAAUGUCUCUACUUCCUCGCUCAGCAGACCAGUUCCGUUCUAGGCGGCACAGCUGCGUCUGCGCAGCUAUCGAGCAACAAGGGAAAGAAGGCGCCUCGGAAAAAGAAGGAAAUUUCAAAUGGGCAGGGAUCAUCAUCCAGCAAUGGACAAAGUUCAAGUUCACAUGCUGCGGCAUCCUCUGCUCCUGCAGCCGACGCGCUUCCGAACGUAGGAGACGUAGUCCCCGAGUCAGACAUCAAACCCACAGAGUCUUCAGAACCCGCAUCCACAUCCGCCGACAGACCUCUCUUCCAAAUCUCAGGCGAUGAUGUCGGUUGGGACAGCGACGAAAGUGAUGAAGAAGAAGACCCGGAAACCCAAGAGGAAGAAGAAGACGACUUCGCCACCGCCUACGAAUUACUCGAUCUCGCGCGUGUCCUCUACCUCCGAAAACUCGAUCAAACACAAGAAUCCAAACUCGCAGAGUCAGACAAGGGCAAAUACGUCGCGUCCAUAGAUCUCACACCCGAGGUUAGAAACCUCAAAUCGCGAGUUGCCGAUAUUUACGACCUGCAAGCCGAAGUCAAUCUCGAGGGCGAAAAGUAUUCUUCUGCAGUGACUGAUCUCACCGCAUGUUUGGCACUCAAUGAAGAACUCGAGAAACCAGAAUCCAGCAUCCUGGCUGAAUGCCACUAUAAAUUAAGUCUGGCUCUUGAAUUCAGUUCGCAAAGCCAACAACGCGACGAAGAUGGAAAUCCGUUCGGUGACCUUGAAGUCGAUUGGAAGAUUCGAAACGAAGCCGUCAGUCAACAAGAGAAGGCGAUUGAAUGCUGCAAACUCAGAGUGACCAAGGAAAAAGCCGAGUUGGAGAAACUCGACGCUGGUCAUCAGAAAGAUAAAGCCAUGGCUCAGAUCGAGGAUGUUCAAGACAUGAUAUCAGAAAUGGAGGUUCGAUUAGCCGAACUUCGCAAACCGCCUGUCAAUGUCAAGGCUGAGACGGAAUCACAGAUGGUCAGGGAACAGAUUUCUGGGGUUUUGGGUAGUAUUCUUGGAGGAGGCGGUACCGAGGCUGAGAAGAAGGAGAAACUCGCUCAAGUUUCGGAAACGGCGAAUGAUUUGAGUGGUUUGGUCAAAAGGAAAAAGGCGAAAGGAACAACAACAGGUCCAGCCAAUGGAGGAGAUAGUGGUGUGGGAUCUGCUGCGUCGACUCCAGCUCCAACAACUACUACCAGUGAGGACUUGAAUGGUUCUGGGUCCAAGGGGAAGCGGAAAGUUGGAUUUGUGGACGAAGUCGAGGAUAAUGAGAAUGGAAAGAAGGCAAAGGUGGAGGAUGCUGAGGAUACGGGCUUGUAAACGGGCGGGCAAUGCCUUUAACGAUUGGGUAUAGUUACCUUAUGCUACAGAAUGGUGUGGCGGAACUCCAUCAUCGAGCUUGUUUCGACAUGUUCCUCUUAACACGACAUGAUGUGACAUGG